GGAAGAUGCAGAACCCCUGACCUCCGUCUAGACAGUGUUGAUUGGCUCUGUGCAGAUCACAUGCACUCUCCCAAAAAAAACCCCCAAAAAAACCUCUCUAGCAAUACACACCAAACUGAACAUGUACAAAAUGACUCUACACGAUAUGUUUUUAACAGGAGAAGGAGGAUCAGAGAAGUCAGGCUCAAACAGCGUUUUUACACAAUACAGCGGAUUAACCCCUUAGGUUCCACAGUGAGUAUAACGAGCAUGCUUUACUGCAUAUACAGACUGGUUUUACGGUUGUGGGUUUAGUAACACUUUAUUACAUAG